UACCAGUGGCGAGUGGAGAGCCACUUUUCCGCGCGUUUGCAAGCAUUCCUCGUUUAGUCGCGACCAGGCAGUGAGUUUACGCAAUCGCUGAUUUUCACGCCGGAUCCGACCCAACCAGGCGCCACCCCUCCGUCACUGAAAGCCCUGAAACUCGGAAAAUUUUACGGAACACUGAGCAGAGACACGAAACAACAUGGACAGCAUACCAAAACACACGUCACUGGGGCGCCGAGAAUGCAUACCAAUCCUACACACUAGAGGGACUCAUUAUGAAAUUGGAUUCGAUAUUGGCCGGACAUUUGCCAGUUUGAUCCACAGCUUUCUGUCCAUUUACGAUCCCCUGAACCAAGAAGUUCUGCCCGUAUACGAAACUCCUGAUGGGAAACGCGUUUACGAGGAGACUCUCAAUCACUGCGUGGAACAUUUUCCACAGUAUGUGGAUGAAAUCAAAGGCACAGCAGAGGGAGCUGGAGUCCCUUUCCAUAAGUUAUUUUUGCUACACAUGGAGGACAUAGUUCCUAAUGUGGUGAGUCAAAGACGAGGUGAAACUCCCGAAGUUCGUCAGGCUCCUGUUGGAUGCUCGUCCAUCUGUGUCAAUCAACCUAACAAUGAAGUUUUAAGUCACAACGAGGAUGCGCUACACUACGUCCUUAACCAUUUUUACCUGGUUUCUGCUCACGUGAUCUCAGAGGAGCCUCAGGGCCGUUGGAAAGUCAAGGAAGAGAAGUUCACCUCGCUCUGUUACGCUGGCCAUCUCCCUGGCUUCACGAUGAGCUAUAACCAUCACGGUUUUAUCUAUUCCAUCAACAUAAUCAAUCCAAAACAUUUGGUAUCUGGAAAAACACCUCGGUAUUUCUUGACGCGGGCGCUCCUAGCGGCGGAGAACUUGAUGCAGGCGCAACAGAUCCUGAGGGAUCACGGGAGUGGUUCUGCAGACGGGAUCAGCGUGAACAUGACUUUCCUGAAUCAGGAGGGUGACAGGUUAUUCCACAAUGCCGAGAUCGGCCCAGCUCUCAAUGACGCCUCUGAGUCACCUUUGGAUAUCCUCACUGCUAGUCCUGGAGAGCACAUCUUCCACACCAACAAGUAUUUGCGUUUGAAAAACAUUGAAGAGGCUGGUGGGAGAAUAAUUGAUAGCAGCGAGCACAGACUGGACGCCCUAAACCAGUUUGUGAGUCCGAAGAAAUGUGAGGACGUUUUGCAAAUGCUCGGAGACCAAUCCGAUGCCGAACUUCCCGUCUACUGUGAUUCAGGAUAUGUCAGAACCAUCGCAACAGGUGUUUUUGAUUGCGUGAAACGUACGUGGACAAUUUACGCUGAUAAUCCCAAAACUCACGAGCCACUCAUCGUGAUUCCAUUACAAACGAAAUGAAGAAAUUUGACGCUUGAAGUAUCGUGCCUUCAAAUUUUUAUUUCCUCUCAACCAAACAUGGAAGAAGAAAUGACUAUCUUCCCGUGCAGGGAAUUUCUCUUUGUCGCAAAAAAUUGUGCUUGCAGCGAUGUAAGAAUUUGAUGAUCGCUGCAUUAAAAAAUCACACAUUCUGAUUGAAGUAAUGAGAUCUCACCGGACUACAACGUAAUUUUCAAGGAUUCUUCCUCUAAAAAUUGGGUUGGAGUAAAAAUACGACAUUGGUAAACUUCGCAAAGAAAUUGAGGGGGAAAACUACGGGAGUCACACAUCUCCAAUCUUCGUACUCAAACGAAAUCAUGUCCAAAACCAUAGGCACAAGAGCUCUACAAUUUGUCAAAACUAUUUUUCGCUUUUGAUCGUAAAAUAAUUUCUUCCUAUCAAGAAAUCGAUAGAUGCUACGUCAUUCCUCAAAGAAUCAAAAGCUAUAAAUUACAUUUUCUUGUUACAAAUACCGUCCAUUUGUAAAACAUGACGAACACUUGUUGUGUAAUAGAGCAUGUUUGGGUCACAAUUUUUCAAAAUUUUUGUCUUAAAGUCUAGGUGACGUUAUCGCGGGUUCAAAUCUUACUCAGACCAAAAUGCGUAUUAUUAGUUCCUUUUUUUUAGUUGAUUUACGCGGUUAUAUUUACCAACAUCAAAAUUUUUACCUAAUCAUCCUCUCAAUCUUCAAUUUAUCAUGUUCUUCUUAAAAACGCAAGAGAGGCUAAGGUUAAAAGACCUAAUAAAUAUUUGUCUCUAUGAGACAAUUUCAAACGUAUUUUUGUGUUUUUUCCUAUUUAAAAUUAUACUUACAUUUGAUUCCAUGUGAUACUAGAAAACCACCAAAAACCGUUUAACAACAAAUUUAUAUGUAUCAAUACAUGUGCGUUUCAUCAUACUUUGAUUAAGUUUGCAUCAAAACCUUCCUACCAAACAUAGAUUUCUUAUUAUACGGUUCUUAGCUUGAGUACAAUAAUUACAUGUGAUGAUGGAUAAAAGAAGUGUAGGGAAGGUGCAUAGAGAGAUAGAAACAAGGGGGAGGAGAUUUAAAAGAAAAAAAGAGUUCCUACAAGCGUUCCUGAUUGACAUAUGCUAAUUAUUCUGACAGAGUAAAAACUGCUUGAUCACAUUUGAGGGAAUGUCAACUUUGCUGAUCACAUAAUGAUUUUGCUGUCAAAUGCCAAUCAAAACACAUGACCUUGACUAAACUCUCCAGGCCCCACUGAAAAUGAUUUAGCUCGCCUGGAGGCUUUGGCAGGUAUCCUUAUUAAGAGUCUCAAAGAUUUUCCGACUUAGGAGACAAAAUGGGUCUACAUUAUAAUAUUUUCAGUGUGAUACUCAGAUCAGGCACUAGUUUCACUGACAACGCGGUUUACCGAUACAACAAACUAAUGAUUUACCUUUAUUCUGAUCGUUUUUACCUCGGUUAAAUUUAUUGUAUGUAAAAAAGUCUAUGCUUAAACGUUAUGAAAAAUUAAUGAAUAAAUAUGAAAAAAAAUAUA